CCAGCCUGAAAAGCUCCAGAGCUUCAUUCACCUUUCCUCUCCCUCUCUCUCUCUCAAGUUUAUCAAAUCUCGCACGUUUUCCGAGGUUACCUGACUGGGAGCUGCUACGCUCCGUUGAUGAGUUGCCGGCGAGAACCUCCGGCUGCAAUGUCCAGUUCACGCGCUUUUACUUCUCUACUGGCUGCAUUUCUGCUACUUUACUCGUUAGGAACUCUGGUUUCUGCUCAGGGAUCUACUAAUCGCUGGCAGACACUUAGCGGAAAUCCACCUUUAGUUGUCGCACGUGGAGGAUUUUCUGGAAUAUUUCCAGAUUCAAGCUUGUUUGCUUAUCAAUUGGCACUGCAAAUCAGUGUACCCCAUGUAAUUCUAUGGUGUGAUGUGCAGUUGACCAAAGAUGGAGUAGGGAUUUGUGCUCCUGAUGUCAGGCUAGAAAAUUCUACAGACAUUUCAUUUGUUUACAAAAAUAGGGUCAAGACUUACUUAGUCAAUGGUGUCCGCACUCAAGGAUGGUUUUCAACGGAUUUCAAUUUCAGUGAAUUAAUAUCAAAUGUCUUUUACAUCCAGGGUGUCUUUUCUCGAUCUGGCAAGUUUGAUGGCAAUGCGUUUCCAAUUAUGAUGGUUGAGAAUGUGACUGCAUUAAAACCACCAGGCGGCGUUUGGUUGAAUAUUCAGCAUGAUGCAUUCUUCAUGCAACACAAUUUGAACAUGAGAAGCUAUGUACUUUCUCUAUCUCGAAGAGUGGUUGUCAAUUAUAUCUCAUCACCAGAGGUGGCUUUCCUGAGAAGUAUUGCUGCAAGAGUCAACCCUAAUGUAACAAAGCUGGUCUUCCGAUUUCUAGGACCUAACGAUUUUGAGCCUUCAACAAACCAGACUUACAAUUCUCUCUUGAAGAAUUUAACAUUUAUCAAGACAUUUGCCUCUGGUAUUCUUAUACCCAAGGGUUACAUUUGGCGUGUUGAUUCAAGUCUUUAUUUACAACCUUAUACUUCUGUUGUCCUGGAUGCACACAAGGCAGGCCUAGAAGUUUUUGCGUCAGAUUUUUACAAUGAUGUUCCAUUUAGUUUCAAUUACAGUUAUGAUCCAGUAGCUGAAUAUCUAUCUUUCAUUGAUAAUGGUGAAUUCUCUGUUGAUGGAGUGCUAUCUGACUUCCCAAUAACUCCAUCAGCAGCGAUAGGUUGCUUUUCCCAUAUUGGCAAAAAUGCUGCAGAACAAGCAAAAGUUUUGGUCAUUUCAAAAAAUGGUGCAAGUGGAGAUUACCCUGGUUGUACCGACAAGGCAUACCAGAAAGCUAUUUCAGAUGGUGCCAAUGUUAUUGAUUGUCCCGUACAAAUGUCGAAGGAUGGGGUACCUUUUUGCUCAGGCUCCAUAAAUCUUAUUGACAGCACGACAGUUGCUCAGUCCAAAUAUAGCAACCUUGCAGAAGUAAUUCCAGAGCUCAAAAAAGACAGUGGAAUAUUUACCUUUAGCUUGACAUGGAGUCAGAUUCAGCCAUUGACAUCGGUGAUAGAAAGCCCAUAUGCAAAAUAUCAAUUAUUCAGGAAUCCAAAGUUCAGAAAUGAUGGGAAACUCCUAAGCUUGCAUGAUUUCUUGGCGCUGGCAAAAAACACUAGUUCUCUCUCUGGUGUCUUGAUAAGCAUUGAGAAUGCACCUUAUCUGAUAGAGAAGCAGCAAUUACCUGUAACUGAUGCAGUACUGGAUGUUUUGAGCAAAGCUGGUUAUGACAAGCAGACUGACUUAGAAGUUAUGAUUCAGUCAAGUAAUAGUUCUGUUCUGAUGAAGUUUAAGGACCAACAUAAUUACAAGCUGGUUUACAAGGUUGAUGAGAACAUUCGAGAUGCUCUUGAUGCAACCAUUAAUGACAUCAAGAAAUUUGCUGAUUCUGUGGUCAUCAGCAAGAAUUCUGUUUUCCCUGAUAAUUCACUAUUCCUCACUGGUGCUACAGAUGUUGUGCCAAGGCUAAACUCUGCUGGGCUCCCUGUUUAUGUUGAGACCUUCAGCAAUGAAUUUGUAUCUCAAGCAUGGGACUUCUUCUCGGAUGCUACUGUGGAGAUUAACUCUUAUGUCAUGGGAGCCAAUAUUAGUGGUGUGAUCACAGACUUCCCUUUAACAUCAAGUAGAUACAAAAAGAACCGUUGUUUAAAUUUGGGCAAGAGCGCCCCUCCUUACAUGACCCCUGUUCAGCCAGGCAGUCUUAUGCAACUAAUUACACCUGACUACUUGCCACCGGCUGAGGCUCCUAACCCAGUGCUGACAGAGAGUGAUGUGAUGGAGCCACCUUUGCCCUCAUUUGUCGCAAGAGCUCCAACUUCCAGCCCAGGUAAUGGAACCGGACAAUCAGCAGCAGCUCCAAGACCAAGUGGACAGCCUAAAAUUGUUGCAUGUUUCUUCCUUACAAAUCUGGCCACUAUCUUCACCAUUUUGUCGCUGCUUUGAAAUUGGAAAACGGUGAGAUCUGCUUAAGAUCUUUCUGCGCUUUCCUAUUUCCAGUCUCAUUCUUGUAGGAUCAAGUAGCGUGGAGCUUUUUGAUGCAUGAUUGCUCACUACAAAUCUCGACUCCAGUUGGCUAUUUAUUCUUUUUUGCUUUAUUAUUGUAGGAAUGUUCAUUCUUCCCCUUGUAUUUGAGAGAAACAAAAUCAAGACAGAAUUCACUAUCUUUGUAAGAUAUAUUUAUAUUCAUUGGUGUGUAUUAUUUAUGAGAGAAAGUUAAGAGGCAGCAUGGACUGAAAUAUUCUCCUGCAUGCGUCUAUUUGUUCU